CAAAUAUAUGCUGACUUUUUCUGUAUCGGUGACCUCAGAUUAGAUUACUCAUGAGCUGAAAAUAAGCUUCUAUAUAUAAGCUUGAAAUAAUCUGCGACACCGGUUCAUAACUUCCCCGUCGGUUGACAGACGACGGGGAACACUAUUCCAAGAACGUUGGUUGUGUUAAUUGUAAUCGUACUCCCACCAUGUCGGGAGAACCGGCACUUAAAUCUGAGCCGAAUGUCGGGAAUGGAGACACUGCCCGAACUGUCAUCAAAGGAAAUGCGUCUAAAUAUGUGAAGUUAAAUGUGGGUGGAUCAUUGCACUACACAACUAUAGGGACAUUAACGAAGCACGACAAUAUGCUGAGAGCAAUGUUUAGCGGUCGUAUGGAGGUCUUAACAGACUCAGAAGGUUGGAUCCUUAUAGAUCGCUGUGGGAAGCACUUCGGUACAAUACUUAAUUUUCUGCGAGAUGGGUCCGUGGCUCUGCCAGACAACAGAAGGGAAAUUGCAGAGAUAUUAGCAGAAGCAAAGUACUAUUUAGUGCAAGAUCUUGUAACCAUAUGUGAAGCAGCAUUGAAGAAAAAGCAAGAAGAAAUGGAUCCUAUCUGCAAAGUUCCAUUGAUCACAUCUAGUAAAGAGGAGCAAUUGCUGAUCAGCUCAACAUCAAAGCCUGUAGUGAAGUUGUCGUGCAAUAGACAUAAUAACAAAUACUCUUACACAAGUCAUUCUGAUGACAAUUUAUUGAGGAACCUGGAGCUCUUUGACAAGUUAUCACUGAGAUUUAAUGGGCGUGUUUUGUUUGUGAAGGACGUCAUUGGAAGUAAUGAGAUCUGUUGCUGGUCUUUUUAUGGACAUGGAUCAAAAAUAGCAGAGGUCUGCUGUACCUCUAUAGUAUAUGGAACAGAUAAAAAACACACAAAGGUUGAGUUUCCUGAGGCAAGAAUAUAUGAAGAGACACUGAAUGUAUUGCUAUAUGAAAAUCGUGACAAGGGUCCUGAUGCAGAGCUGAUGCAGGCCACUAGAGGACACACCGUAGGCGCCACAGUGGCUGGUUAUCACAGUGAUGAUGAGGAAGAGAGGGAGAGGAUCGAGAGAGGUGUAGAUAGAUUACGACGGAAAUAAACCAUUUGUUUCAGAAAAAAAAGACUUGUAUAAAAACUUUUAAAAUAACUUUGUGAUAUUGUCCUUUUAUGGGAAUGAAGAAGGGGAGUGGGUGCAAGGAUUGACUGCUUGAAUCAGCGAAAACUGUAAGUUUGAUACAAUUAAAAGACAUCUCACACCUUUAUCAAAUGUUUCAAAUGUUAAGGAAAGCAAGAAAAUAUGUCAUUUCUCUUUUAAGUUAAUAAAGUAAGGACAACGUUUAACAAACUUUAAA